AUGGAUGUGCUAGGGGUGAACAACCGGAGCCCGAAGCAGAGCAAGAGAAGCAGAUCUUCAAAAGGGGUGAAGGUGGUGUACAUAUCGAGCCCCAUGAAGGUUCAGACUAGCGCCUCUAAGUUCAGGGCACUUGUGCAGGAGCUCACAGGCCGAGACUCCGAUGCCGAGCGGUUCAUGGAGACUAACGGUGGUGAUGGUCAUCACCGUCAUCACAAAGUUCCUGAGUUUUCUCAUGAGAAGCAACUCAAGGAAGCCGAUCGUGACCAUCUUGUAUUCCCUCACCAUCAGAUUCCUUUCUCGAAUUCGAUUUACGAGCUUCCGAAUUUCUCCGACUUUUUGUUUGAACCGUUUACUGGGCAUUAUGAGCUCGAUGCGCUGAGAAGUUUUGAUCAAGUUUAA